AAAUGAAAAUAACAUAACCUCAAAUAUUACUCAAUGCAAUGCAUGAACCUCAGUAAUAUUUCAUUACUUUCUUACAUUUAAACCAGUUGAUCAUGAAAUCACAGAUAUUAAAGAAUUAUUUUCAAUAUUCUGUUCCUUAUGAAUUCUAAUUUUAAAAGUUGUUUAGUAGUCACUAUUUUUGUCAUAAUUUAGAAGUAAUGUAAGUUACCUAUCUAACUCUUGUGUACCGGCAGAGACAAUUUCAUAAAUUAUUUAUGUUAAUCAGUUCUGUGCUCUUGGAAUAAUAUUUUGAAACGUUGAAUAUGCAUAGCAUGGCAUUCUCAAGUCAAAAGAUGUUGACCAGAUUAUUUCUCCGUUCAUCUUUUAGAAGUGAUAUCAUGCGACUUGUGUCAGUAACAGAUCUAACCCGUUACUUUAAAAAUAAUCAGCUACAACAAUACAGUUCAGUGCAUACGAAAUUCAAAAGUAGUGAGGAGAGAAUCAAUAAGUUCUCCGAAUCAAAGCAUAAACCCAAACCACUGGAAGAUUUGCAAGUAAGGGCUGACCAUGAUCCUGAUGUAUUUGGUGAUCUGUCCAGUGAUUUUGGUACAAGAUUCGAUUUUGUUGAUAAACUGCCUGCAGAGGAAGGCGAUGUUGAAGAGCAGGUUAUUAACAAAAAGAAGAGGUUGACGAUCAAUCAGUAUGCAAAAAUUAUGAAGAAAUUCCUAGAAAGGAAGAAGUUGGGUAAUGCUAUUGAUGUGCUUGAAACAAGAAUGCUCAAGGAGGACAAAGUUGAACCAGAUAGAUACAUUUACAAUCUUCUGAUAUCGGCAUGUGCUGGAUUUGGAAACACUAAGAAAGCUUUUCAACUCUUCAAUAAGAUGAAGCAAAGGGGAUUGACUCCGUCAGCCUCUACCUACACCAGCUUGUUCAAUGCAUGUGCGAAUUGUCCAUUUCCAAACGAUGGCCUGAAACGCAUCGAACAUCUCAGAGAACUCUGCCUGGAGAAAGGACACGUUCUCAACCAUCUCAAUUAUCAUGCAAUGAUCAAAGCUUAUGGAAGAUGUGGCAACGUGGAAAGCGCCUUCAAAGUUGUCGAUGAAAUGGUUGAUAAUAAUUUACGUCUGACUGUGGAAACCUUCAAUUUUCUUCUGCAAGCUUGUGCAUCCGACAAAGAGGCUGGAUUCAGACAUUCGCUAUUGGUUUGGCGUAGAAUGUUGGUGAGAGGCAUGAAACCACAAAUCUAUUCCUUCAAUUUGAUGCUUCGUUGUGUGCGAGACUGUGGACUUGGAAACAUUGAUACAACUAAAGAUGUCAUCAAAACAAUUUUGACAAUGUCUCCUGAGCUAACGAACCAAAUUGAAAUGCGAAAAACAGAUGAAAAAGCACACGCCAUCGAUGCUGGUUCAUCAAAUUCUUCUCAAAGUAUUGGUGACGACAAUACUUUGAAUGUUACUGGUCUCAUUAGUGAUACAAGUGUUUCCGCUCAACUUAUCAACGCUUCAAAAGUAGAGAAUCAGCUAGACACAACUCCAAAAAUGACUGACAAUUUUCCAAAUCUCAUUGCAAGAUACCCUCAUCUGGGCGACAUGAUCGAUAUUGGAGAGAUAGUCAAGCCGGAGCACAGAUUGUUGCUGAUUGGUGGAUGUAAAGGAUUUUUAGAGCAAAUGGAUGCAAAUAGAACUGUACCUGAUAUAAAAACGUUUACCCUGCUUCUGGAAACGAUUCCUCCCACACUAACUUCAGAGCAGGCUCUUGUUAAUGCAAUGAUUGAAAAGAAUAUUACGUUGGACAUAGAUUUUUUCAAUAUAUUGAUUAAAAAAAGAAGUAUGCGUCGUGACUACAGGAAUGCAAAGGCUGUUUUAAAAAUGAUAAGACAACAUAACUUGAGCCCUGAUAUUGUAACAUUUGGUGUUUUGUCUCUGUCAUGCACAACUUUAGAAGAGGCCAUCGAACUUAGAGAAAGCAUCGAUGAAGUUGGAUACCGAGUAAACGUGGAAAUCCUUGGAGGCUUGUUGAAACAAGCUUGCGUACAAUGGGAUUGUAAUUACGUUUUGUUCGUAUUGAAAGUACUAGUUGAAGAAGGAAUCACUCCUAGUCCUGAAUUCAUGGAAACUGUCAAGAGAUUCUAUAAUUCGGUUAAUGGAUUCAUAAAAAAUGAGAGAAUUAUUUCAAAACGAGAAAACACCAGCAUUUAUUUAGAAAAAGUGAAGGACGUGGAUUUUCUAAAUGAUUUCAAAAACUUUUCUAAUUAUUACAAGAAAUUCCGAGUGAAGGUGCUGGUUGACGUGCCCACAAAUCAUUAUAAGCAAUUCAAGAAGCAUGAUGAUCCCGAAGACAUUGAACUGAUGAACAAGGGACGUAACUAGUUCAAACAAGUGUCAAGUUUUCUUCUUAAUAGGCAACUUAUUUUUAGUUAGGCUACCAGUGUGAACAUUUAAUAUGCAUAGAAUGUAUACUUUUUUGAGUAGACGUUGGUCUUUCUCAAUUUUCAAUAUUUAAAGUAUUAUAAUUUCAACUAAGUGAUAUUUUUACUUUCAAAUGGUACAGAAUGAUACUGUAUUGCAUGUUGGAAUAAUAUUGGAAAUAGGAUUGGUAAAAUAAAAUGUUUGCCAUACAAUAGUUUACCGUAAAACAUUGUCUAUAUUUACAAAAUUCGUUAUAGUGUGCGAACACAAACAUUACAACAACCCAAAACACAUUUGAAUUAAAAACUAAAUGAAAUUAAUAAAAUAUAUCUUUCUUUGUCUUUUCAACUUUUUACAAAAUAUAAUAGGAAAAAUUAAGGCAACAUUGUCAAAUCAGUUCACUUAUUGGUUCGAUAAUUUACAUUUCUAUUUACAGUAGUAGUAAAUAAAGUUAAUAAUUAUUUGAUUUAUCACAUUUUCGUAAUUAAUAUUAAUAGUGUUCUUUUGAUUGGAAAUAUAAUUUACAGAAUAAGCAUAUCAAUACGACAAGUUAAGUGAAUGAUAAUACAAUUUCAGUCUUUUCCCUACUAUUCCCAAAACACGGUUGAAAUGUUAAAACAUAGUUUAUUUUGUACCUACGUUUCUUGUGAAGUUUGUUCGAUUUUUAAAUAUGAAUCAAAAAUAUUUGUCUAAUACAGACGUAUUAGGCAAAAUAGAUUAAAUUUUUAUGCAGAUCAAAGCAACAGUGAUACAAAUUUUGUCGUUUCCCUUUAUAUUUCAUGAUCAUAGAACUUCGUACUCCACUAUCCUUAUGCAGGAAAAAAGUUUUAAAAUUUUCAAAAGAAUCAAAUAAAAAAUAAUGAUUGCAAUGAUGACUGACUUCUUCACCUGAAUGUCUUCUCUACAGUUGAGGGCGUGGGCCAAUUGUUCUGUUGAACAGUCCAUUCGAUAUUAAAAUAACUGGUGUGAACAGCUGCAGCUUAAAAUCA